AUAUUUUAUUAUUUCCAAUAAAUGACGUCGGAGAUAAACGUUUAUCUGUGUUAUGUUUAAAGAAUAUCAGACUUUGCUCUAUCAGUUUUCGUGUCUCAGUUACAAUAUAGGCCUACGUUAAUGAGAGAAGACAAGAUGUGUAAAUGGGAUAUAGGAUCCAAUAUGUUAGCCAAGAAGACUUCGAGUUUUUAUCAAAUUUUAGGAAGACGGAUAGCCAAAAGUCCAGGAUAUUUUAUCAUCGUUCCUAUAUUUGCAGCGGCUAUUUUGUCGACGUCGAUUCCUUCAGCUAAUUUCAUUAGCAAUCCUGACUAUCUCUACACUGUGAUCAAUUCUGUAUCUAGGAUGAAUAAGGAUUUCAUAGAAAGGACGUUUGUACAAAACAAAUCUGAGGACUACGAUAUCAGGAGGUCCACUAAUGUUCCUAGAGGAGUAUGGUUGAUAAUUACCUCACCCGAAGAAGAAACGGUGUUAAAAAAGCACAUUUUUAGAGAUAUAUCGGUGAUAGAUAAGUUAGUUCAGAAAGUAUGGAUUAAAUGGGCUAAGAAGAAGUGGAAUUAUGAUUCCUUGUGCGCCAAAUACAGGAGGAAGUGUUACAAGAAUACCAUAUUAGAUCUUUUACCGAGAAUGAAAGCUAUAGAGGAUGGUCGGAGGAUGCUGAGAUAUCCUAUCGAAUCAGCUGAUAUUAUUACAGGUUUAUAUUUAGGUGGAGUAACUGUCAAUGCUAGCUUCAUUACCCGUGCCAAAGCUGUGUUGCUUUAUUAUUUCCUAAAUACCACUAAUCCCAAUGAGACUGCGAAGAUAGCUCUAUGGGAGGAAGAAGUCAUGAAUAUGUUAUCUUCUAAAACAUUUACUAAUAUAACAGUGAGAAGAGUGUCUACGUCGUCAUUUGAGAAAGAAUUACACGUGGUGAUUAAAGAAGUUUUGAUGCUUUGCAUUCCUUUAGUGGCUAUUAUGAUUACUUUAGCGGUAUUGACUUCUUUCACAGCAAAUUUUCGAAAAAGUUUACCAUUUUGUGCAGCAUUAGGAUGCCUUUCUUCUAGUUUAGCUGUUGUUACGGCUUUCGGAUUAAUCAUUUACUGUUCGGGAGAGAUAACGGACGUUUGUCUGUCUGUACCAUUUUUAACUUUAGGUGUUGGCAUGGAUGAUACCUUUGUUAUGUUGGCAGCUUGGAGGAGGACCGAUCCAAAUAAGAGCGUGAAGGAAAGAUUAGAAGAAACGUAUUCCGAUUCGGCUGUUUCGAUUACUAUUACUUCAUUAACCAAUUUUACUACCUUUUGUAUUGGACUGUUUGCCUCGUACAAUGCAAUUCGACUCUUCUGUUUAUACGCUGCUAUUUCUGUUUUAUUCACUUAUAUCUACCAGUCUACGUUUUUUGGUGCCUGUCUCGCCUUGAACGCUUAUUACGAUUGUUAUUGCGUCAUGGAAACUUAUAAGCGCAACAGACGACAAGAGAACGGAUAUGUUCCGAAAAGUAUCGAGAAAAGAGAACACGUCGUGGCAUUAUGGUUUCGAGAUAAAUUUGCCUUAUGCCUUAUCAACAAAAGAGCAAAAGUGUUUUUACUGUUUUCCUACUUUAUAUAUUUCGGAUUUGUCAUCUGGGGUUGUACUAAAAUACAAAAAUAUGUGGAUGAUACGAAUUGUUUGCCUGACGAUUCGUAUGUAACUAAAUUCUACAACGAUUACAACAAGCAUUUUCAAAAAUAUCGUGAAACAGUACAGUUAGUGAUUAACAAACCAAUCAAUUAUGCCGAUGAAAAUGUACAAAAGGAUAUAGAAAAAAUGCUAACAGAUUUGGAAUCUUCUGAGUAUUUUGCCGAAUAUAUGUUUACGGAAUCAUGGUUAAGAUCAUAUUUAAAUUUUUUAAAGAUAACAAAACAUAUUUUAAUGAUUCGUGGAUAUGAUGUGAGUAAUAAAGAAGAUUUCAUAAAAAUCUUACGUGAAAUUUUCUUGCCUAUACCCGAAUGGAAUCACUUUUCCCAAGAUAUUGUAUUCAGUAGUAAUUACACAGAGAUCACAGCUAGUAGGUUUCUCUUGCAGACUGAAUUAACUGGAAAUAGUCCGAUGGAAGGUAAAAUGGUGGAAAAAAUUAGAGACGUAACGGCAGCAUCUAACAUAUCUAGUUUCGCAUUCGGUCCGAAAUUCGUUCAUCAUGAGCAAUAUUUGACUAUAGCUGAAACCACACUUCGUACUUUAUUAAUUACAGCAGUUGUUGUGAUUUUUAUAUUUUUCAUUUUUCUGCCCAACAUAGCGUGUGUCUUAUCUGUCGGUCUUCUAAUAAUAUCCAUAGAAGUGGGUUCCAUAGGAUUAAUGUCAUUUUGGGGGGUUAAAUUGGAUGGACUGUGUAUGUUGAAUCUGAUGCUAUGUAUCGGUUACAGUAUCGAUUACGCUGCACAUAUGACACAUUUUUAUGUAUAUUCUAAAGAAGAAACUAUCAAAGGACGUUUAAGAGAUUCCAUUUAUUCAGCGGGCUUACCAAUUCUUCAAUGUAGCAUCUCUACUUUGGCAGGCGUUAUUUUAUUAAUGUUUGCUCCAGCUCAAAUGUUUUCAACGUUUGUCAAGUUGGUGAUUUUAGUGAUUACCCUUUCCACUAUUCACAGUUUGUUAAUAUUGCCUCUACUAUUUUCUUUUCAAGGGUGUAGAAGAAAAAGUAUACCUGUAGCAGAUAUUUAAUACUGAUAAUUUAAGAUAAAAUUUUGUAAAUAAAAUUAUUCAUUUUAAUAGACUUAUA